AUGGCAAAGUUGCUAGGGAUACGAUCCGAAACGUUAGUUCGUAGCCCAAGAGCCAACGUUGCCGUAGGAUUCUUAAUGAUAUGGUGGGGAUGGCUGGCCUUUAAUACUUCGUCUAAUUACUCCGUCUCAGGUCAGCAAUGGACAGAAGGAAGCCGAUCUGCUGUUGGGACCAUCAUGGCAUCAGUCGGUGGCGGAAUGGUUACAGUACUAAUUUCACGGUACACAACAAAAAAGAUCGAAGUCGACAUGUUCAUAGAUGGAUUACUAGCUUCCUUGGUUUCGAGUACAGCCGGCUGCCUUUUUUACACCCCAUGGCAAGCCACGCUGGUCGGAGCGAUCGGGUCAACGUUAGCGUUGAUAGCUUAUCCAGUGUUAGAGAAAGCAAAGAUUGAUGAUCCAGUUGGUGUGAUUCCUGUACAUGUGGUUGGCUCAGUGUGGGGAAUGAUUAGUCCAGCUCUAUUCGUCUGUCGUGAUUUCGGUUUGGAACAACAUAAGGUCACCAACGAGAACGAUCUUUCGGGACUUCUCUACGGUGGAGGGGUGACGUUACUGCUCUAUCAGCUUGCAGCUCUUGGUGCGAUCGCGGUUUUCAGCGCAUUCAGUGCAUUCACAAUACUUUGGACGUUACAACAUUCACCAAUCGGUCUUCGUCUAUCACGACUCGACGAGGAACUCGGCGCCGAUCUCAGAGAGCACGGCCUCGCCGGUGUCAAUGUAAUGGCAUACACUAUCGAGAAAAAAUUGACUGCUAAGUGA